CACCUCUUCUUUCCCGGGUAGGAAUGAGACCUAUGUGUGUGGAGCUGGGAUGACCCCAAUAUUCUGAAACGUUUUGCUUUUUUUGUGGUGGCCCGGGACCUUCUCGGACCGUAUGCGCGCAAUCACGCAUAUCUUCACUCACUCACUCACUCACUCACGCACACACACACACACAAAACACCACACAUCAUAUUCCGCGUCUGCAAACCAACGAACAGCGCAGACAGGUUUUGCUCUGCGAAAGGCUGUCUUGCAGACUACACUCGAGAAGUGUUACGGAGUGUAGUCUACUUAUCCCCUACGAUUUUUCGUGUAUGAAAAAAUAAACAUUCUAUAAAGAGGAGCAGUGCAAUCAAUCGUGGAUCUCGGAUAUGGCAGGUGUGAAGACAUUCGACCUUGUUGUUGGAGUUGUUUUAGUUUUUCUGUCUCUUGGAAAUGCGUUUCAAGAGCCCGGACAGGACCCGACAAACGGGGACUCCUACUCCUACGUGCAAGGGCAGCCUCUGGCUAAGGAGGACAUGGCGGUUGAUGUGAAGCUGUACAGUCACCGGUGGAGGAGGUGGCUGUCCCCAGAACAGCCACGUAACAGGGACAGCAACAGGGCCAGCCAGGACCAAGAGCAGGGUCAGGAUCAGGGUCAAGACCAACCUGAUGGGGGUUUCCCAGGCCUGCUCUCAGCAGAGGACAGCCAGGACACUGACAACAGCUCCCAGAUAGAGGAGGACACAGAUCACAACUACUACACAUCGAAGACCUACGGCCCCACGGACCCCAUGAGCAAAGACUUGUGGGUAAACGUUGACCAGAUGGACAAGGAUAAGGUGAAGAUCCAUGGCAUCCUGUCCAACACUCACAGGCAAGCUGCGAGAGUAAAUCUUUCCUUCGAUUUUCCCUUCUAUGGACAUUUCCUGCGUGAUCUCACCGUAGCAACUGGUGGGUUCAUCUACACAGGGGACGUGGUCCACAGAAUGCUGACGGCCACCCAGUAUAUCGCCCCUCUCAUGGCCAACUUUGACCCUAGUGUCUCCAGGAACUCAACCGUCAUCUACUUCGACAACGGCACUGCUCUGGUGGUCCAGUGGGAUCAUGUCCACCUGCAAGACAACUACAACCUGGGUAGCUUCACCUUCCAGGCCACACUGCACAGCGACGGCAGGAUUGUCUUCGCCUACAAAGAGAUUCCAAUGGAGGUGGCCCAGAUCAGCUCCGUCAAUCACCCGGUGAAAGUGGGCCUCUCCGAUGCCUUUGUGGUGGUCCACAGGAUCCAGCAGAUACCCAAUGUUCGUCGGAGAACGAUCUAUGAGUACCAUCGUGUGGAGCUGACAAAGACCAAAAUCACCAACUCUACAGCAGUGGAGAUGAUGCCUCUACCGACAUGUCUCCAGUUCACCAGCUGUGACAGCUGCAUCUCCUCCCAGAUCAACUUCAACUGCAGCUGGUGCCACCUCCUUCGCAGGUGUUCCAGUGGGUUUGACCGCCAUCGGCAGGACUGGGUUGAUAACAGCUGUCCUGAUGAGACCAAAGACAAAAGCUGUGAUAUCAUCAGUACCACACAACUCGAUCCAUUCAUCACCACGUUAGUUGCCAAAACAACAGGCCAGAGCAGAAGCCGAGGAGAGACCACCACAGCCAGAGCCUCCUCGUCCACAUCCCGACCCCCAACCAGCGUCCCCACUGAAGAUGACACCAAGAUUGCUCUGCAUCUUAAAGACAAUGGAGCGAUGCCAAAGGAGAGUGCUGCGGAGAGGAAGGACACACACCCACUGCACACCGGCCUGAUCCUGGGCAUUCUCGUGGUCUUGCUCAUCAUGGCAGCCGCAGUCCUGGUCACUGUCUACAUCUACCACCACCCUACAUCAGCCGCAAGCCUCUUCUUCAUCGAGAGACGUCCCAGCAGGUGGCCGGCCAUGAAGUUCCGUCGAGGGUCGGGUCACCCGUCCUACGCGGAGGUGGAGCCCGUGGGCCAGGAGAAGGAGGGCUUUAUUGAGUCUGAGCAGUGCUAAGGGGCAUGCACCGCUCCCCCCCAAUGCGACUGAUUGACGCUGGUCUCUUGUUUUGUCGAUUCAAACGCUCACUGUCAAUGUUGUGAAAUGAGAUGAGAAAAUCGUGGUGGUGUCACUUUGAAAUCCCCAUGCUUUUUUUCUGGUGGUCUGAGAGUAAGGCCUUGUGUUUGGUGGACUACCACGGUGAACCUUCAAACCUGGCUUGUUCAACAGAGAGCUGAUCUGAGAGCUGCUGAGGGAGGGUCACUGCCAGAGGGACUGUGCUGUGGGAAAACCUUAAACUGAUCUCAAGUCAGUUCUUCAGUCCAAGCCCAAAGUCUUCGAACACUUCACACUCACGGUGGUGAACGUUACUGACUUCUUGGGGACGGAGUGAACGUAACGGUGUCAUUGAGUGGGUUGUACAGUGUGACUGCCCUACACUGGUGGUGUGUGAUGUGAGGGGGGAGUAGUAGGAAGAAUUAUACAGUAUAUUUUUCAGAAAGAAUACCGAGUAUGUGAACAGAGAUCUUGACUUUAAAUGUUGGUGAGGCUAUAUAGGCCUUUAUAUAUCCUUUGAGGUUUUGCUAAUUUACUGUUCCAUGUUGGGUUUUUUUCUGUUGCUUUUUUAACUGGGGUUUUAUUAUUCCUUAUCAGUGAGGGGAUUUUGUCUUGCUUUCCACUACCAUAAUAAGGCUUCUUUACCAUAGCUUUUUACUUCAUAGGGUGGUUCAAUAGUGUGAUAUGCUCCUGCUACUGCCCCUCAUCCCACCCAGGAGUAGCAGGCUUUUGUUGGUAUCUCUUUUUUUUACAUAAAGUUUGUUUCAUUUUUUUAAACGUUUAAAAAAAUAUAUUUUUUACAUUGAUUUCAGUACUGCCGUGCCAUUCUUCCCUGACUGGAGUUUGCUCAACAUUCUUUCCUUGACUGGAGUUUGCUCAACAUUCUUUCCCUGACUGGAGUUUGCUCAACAUUCUUUCCCUGACUGGAGUUUGCUCAACAUUCUUUCCCUGACUGGAGUUUGCUCAACAUUCUUUCCCUGACUGGAGUUUGCUCAACAUUCUUUCCCUGACUGGAGUUUGCUCAACAUUCUUUGCCUGACUGGAGUUUGCUCAACAUUCUUUCCCUGACUGGAGUUUGCUCAACAUUCUUUGCCUGACUGGAGUUUGCUCAACAUUCUUUGCCUGACUGGAGUUUGCUCAACAUUCUUUGCCUGACUGGAGUUUGCUCAACAUUCUUUGCCUGACUGGAGUUUGCUCAACAUUCUUUGCCUGACUGGAGUUUGCUCAACAUUCUUUCCCUGACUGGAGUUUGCUCAACAUUCUUUGCCUGACUGGAGUUUGCUCAACAUUCUUUGCCUGACUGGAGUUUGCUCAACAUUCUUUGCCUGACUGGAGUUUGCUCAACAUUCUUUCCCUGACUGGAGUUUGCUCAACAUUCUUUGCCUGACUGGAGUUUGCUCAACAUUCUUUCCCUGACUGGAGUUUGCUCAACAUUCUUUCCCUGACUGGAGUUUGCUCAACAUUCUUUCCCUGACUGGAGUUUGCUCAACAUUCUUUGCCUGACUGGAGUUUGCUCAACAUUCUUUGCCUGACUGGAGUUUGCUCAACAUUCUUUGCACAAAGUCUUUCAUGCACAUACAUCUUUAUUUCAUUUGGUACAAUUGCAAAAUUGCGAGACAGGCGCUUUUGUGAGUGUGUGUGGUUGUGUGUAUGCAUGGUCUAAACGUGAGUGAGCGUGUGUGUGUGUGUGUUUGUGUGGUUUUUGUGUGAUUGGAUAUCAACCUGCUUGUAGGUGGGUCAGUUUGAGCUGGGUCUGUGUAAUUGAUGCUGAGUGGUUGACCAGAGGUACUUUUACAUAAUUUUAUUAUAAGUUUGGGACAUACCUGGCUUGAGUUUGCCUGGGUUUUGAUUUUAUGUGUACAAUGUGGUUUUCAAGUAGUUUGACCUAGGGGCGUCAAUUGGGUAUGGCAGUCCCCAUACCCUAGCUCAAUACUAACAAUUUAAAAUAGGCUACUAAAAUCAUUCCAAUCCCGAUUUACAAGACAAAUGCAGUAUAGCAGUAUUAGCGGGGGUGGCUUUAGCACCAAACAUCCAUCGGAAUGGGAUGGUGAACAGCACAACAUUUAUUUUAAAACAGUGUAGAGGUAGAAGAUUGCUGUAGGGUGGCUAAGAUGCUAGGUAACUGUCGUUUGACUUGGAAUGAAAUGAGUUUUUAAUCCCACAUCUGAGCUAGGGCAUCGCAGCUAAUUGCUGUAUGACGUGUUUGAGGUAAAUUUCAUUUUUGCUGUUCUCCAAAUAGCAUUUCGUACUUUUUAAAUUGUGUAGAAAUGCAUUAAAUAAGCUUAAAAAUGUAUGAAAAUUGCUUGGAAUCACCCUUUCCCCGUCACUUUGCCAUACCCUAUGUUUGCCAUACAUUAGAGUGGCGGAGAGGUCUAAGUCACUACAGACCCUAGUUCGAUCCCAGGCUAUAUCACAACCAUUCAUGAUAGGGAGUCCCAUAGGGUGGCGAACAAUUUGCCCAACGCCGUCCAGGUUAGGGGAGGGUUUGCCCGGGCUAGGCCGUCAUUGUAAAUAAGAAUUUGUUCUUAACGGACUUGCCUAGUUAAAUAAAAAAUGUAAAAAGCUGAAAUGAUGACCCUGGUUUGACCUGCUGCUGAAUCGGAUCUUGUACAGGACUGGAGAAUAUGUCUUACUGUUCUAUGGAGUGAGAAAUCUGCCAAAAUGUUAAACGAAUGUAACAUUAGAAUCGUAAAUCACUUUGGGGAGAUUUUUGGCAGAUAUCUAACCCCAUACUGUUCCAGCUCUUGUUCUAUAUUAAUGGAUGUCAUUUAAACCUAGCAUAGCAUAGUGCCUUCACAAAGCAUUCACACGCCUUGACUUUUUCCACAUUUUGUUGUGUUUCAGCCUAAAUUUAAAAUGCAUUAAAUUGAGAUUUUGUGUCACUGGUCUACACACAAUACCCCAUAAUGUCAAAGUUGGAAAUAUGUCUUUCGAAAUGUAAUUACAAAUGAAUUAAAAAUGAAAAGCUGAAA